UCGAAGCAUCCUCCGCCUCCAUCGAGUUCCAGCUUGGCGGAUCGAUCCGGGCGGAUAUGCGGUGUGUUUGGAUUAUAAGACCGUCAUACCUCUUCCAGAGGUUCAACCUGGUUUCGUCCGGCCUUUUAGGAACUGACGGGCUUUUCCUUUCCGCCCGAUCCAGAGGGGGGAUAACACCCCAGGAAAAAUUGGACACAAUUGGUCAGAACGUCACGAUGUACCAUAGAACCCUCAUUCUCACCCUCAGCGUUGGGCACGCCCCAACUCAAGGAUUCAAACUGGAGUUUUACUCGAGUGGUUCGCCCCAAAAUUCUGACCUUAGCGGGCACGCCCUUUUGACCGAGGCCAAGGGAAACUACACCUAUCCCGUUAACGGGGGUCAGUACGGAAAUAAUGAAAAUGCUCUGUUUGCCAUUGCGCCCUCAGUUCCGGGACAACCGACCCUUCGCUUUUCAAGGGUCGAUCUUGAAAAUGAUUCUGGAUGCAUGCGCGACCCGGUUAGAAUCUUCAAUUGGUUUGACAACGGAUAUCUCGAGGUUGCCAGAUUUUGUGGGUCCACCAUUCCAACAAGUGUAACCUUCCAGGACGGAGCAGGCCUAAUCCUAUUUGUAACGGAUGCAAGCCUCACGGCAACGGGAUUCGAGUUCCAGUACGAGUAAGAGGAUAACCAAAACAAUACAUGCAUUAAAAUUAUAUAUAUGAUAUGUACAUACAUAAAUAUUUGUCCAAAAUUAUAAUUUGGUUAAAAUUUAAUGGUUCCUGCGAUUAUCUUAAAUCUUAAAUCCGUUAAAAAUGUCUUAAUUUUCCUGAUUUUAAUUUCACUCGAGCUUAAAAUUUUAAACGCAGAAAUGUUUUAAUA